UCGCCGGCAGGGGUCGCUGAAAGACACGUGAUGAACAGUGACGUGAAGCUGAAAGUGAAAGCAGACAGCGGACAGCGGACAGGUCAGGUCUGUGUUCAGACAACAGACGGUUACUGCAGGCUCCAACAGCUCUGCAGGAUGUCGUUUAUCUCAGACAUCACUGCCAUCAUUGAUGAAGCUGCUUACCCUGGAAGAUUACUGAACUUUCUGCAAUCAUAUGAUUAUGAGAAAAGAGGUUCCUGCUACAAAGUGAGAGGAACUUUUGAGCAACUAGAACAACUUUCAAUCGACCUGUCAGCAAGUCACCUGAAUCAUCAGUCCAGCCCUGCAACACAUAGACGAAUCCGUCAGCAAGAUGAACAGGCUUCCACUCAUGUCAAACCUGUGGAUGUGUCUGCUGUUUUUAUGGCCUACAUUGAGAGAAAAUGUGAAAAAGAACUUGACCAAAUUAGAGGGAACACAUUUGUCCUUGAAACAAAGCCUGACCUCAGAACAGUACAGAAUGAACCAAGUACAGUACAGGUGAUUUUCAGACCACGCCAUGAAUCCUUACCUGUUCACACUGACUUUGUCAGACAACGAUUCAUCACAUUCUACCAGAGAACCGCCUCCGACCUGCAGGUCACAUCUGUCCCUGUAAGUGCAUAUGACAGAGACCUGAAGAAUAGAUUUCCACAUCUGCUUUUUAAAUCAAGCCACAACAAAAAUGAAGUCACAGUCACCGGGCCUUUUGCACACAUUGCUAAAUUCAAAGAGUUCCUUUUACAAAGUACGCACAGCUCAAGCAGGAGCUCUGUGAACAAACAUCCAGCAGACUCUCCAAGCAGCAGAACCUUGGGUGCUUCACCUGCACACACCAACAAUCCUGAAGAGGAAUCUUGUCCAAUCUGUAUGGAAACAAUAGUAAACACAGAGAAAGAGACUCUACUGUGCAAGCAUUCAUUCUGCAGAAACUGUCUGAAACAGGCCUUUGGCUACAAGCCUGUAUGCCCAACAUGUGGGAAGUUAUACGGCGUUUUGACAGGGACACAACCUGAUGGAGGCAAAAUGACUGUCACCAAAAGCUCUUCGUCUUUGCCUGGAUAUGAGAAAUAUGGAACACUAACCAUCCAUUAUUACAUUCCAAAUGGCAUUCAAAAGGAGGAGCACCCUCAGCCCGGUCAGCAGUAUGAAGGUGUAUCCCGCACAGCCUACCUUCCCGACUCUCCAGAGGGUAAAGAGAUCGUGAAACUGCUGAAGCGAGCCUUUGACCAGAGACUAAUUUUCACUGUUGGUCAGUCCACCACCAGUGGCAGGAACAACACGGUCACAUGGAAUGACAUUCAUCACAAAACCUCAACACACGGAGGACCAACUCACUACGGAUACCCAGAUCCUGAUUAUCUCCGCCGGGUUCGAGAUGAACUGGCAGUCAAAGGAAUACAAUGAGUCGGGUUUGUUGAUGCAUGAAUGAAGAGCUGAGAUGACCUAUUACACACUAUCCCAAAAAAGUUAUGUAGCAUGACAUCACAACAUUCCAUGUACGAGUAGAUAAGUAAAAUCAAAUCAAAUUUUAUUUGUAUAGCCCAAAGUCACAAAGUACAUUUGCCUCUGAGGGCUUUACAAUCUGUACAAGGAGUGACACCCACUGUCCUUAGACCCUCGGUUCCAGUGAGGAAAAACUUGCCCACAAAAACCCCAUAAGUAGUAGUUUUUAGUAGAUUAGUAAGGUAUUUUGGCACAGAGUGAUUACAUGGUAGAAGGUGUAAUUAAUGUCAUUCUAAUGUCAUUUGAUGUUUCAUAGUGAUACCUACUCAUAUCAAUCGUAGUUUUUUUCAUUCUUGCCUGUUGAUUUAUUUGAAAUAACAUUGUUUGAAAUCACUAAAUAUGAAAAACUCAUAUCAUGUAACUUUAUUUGGAUUGGUCUGAUGAUUAUUGUGCAAUCAAACCCACUUCCUUGAAGCAUGACUGACAACCUGUGACCAUUUUUUUGUAUCCUUGAAGACUUUUGAUAGACAUGACUGUCCAACUCUUCUCAGAGCCAAACAUGGACAUUGUUGUCCUCUGUACUGUAAGCAGUAACCAAGUGUUGUCCGAAAAAGUUAAUGCUUGAUUGUUGCAUCUUUGAUGGAUUGUCCACUGUGUUUUCCUAGUUGGACUGCAUUUGCUUGCAUCACUUAAGUGACUGUCAUUCCAAGCAUGGCUAUUACCAGGGAGAACUUUCAGGACAUCAAAUGACCCUAACUCUAACCUGGCUGUGGCUCAGAAGAUAGAGCGGGUUGUCCACUAAUCAGACGAUAGAUGGUUUGAAGUCUCCCCAAAUUGCUCCUGAAGGCUGCACCCUCGACAUGUGAAUAUGUAUGAAUUGUUAAUACCCUGCAUGGUGUAUAAGUAUCAGUUACCAUUAACCAUUUGUCUCAGAGGUUUAAACCUUUAUUGUGUCAAACUUUUUGUUUUAUUCUCGUGGGUUUUUCAGUGUUAAGGCAGUAGAGGCAGGUUUGGCAGCAAUCACAGCCAUGAGUCUGUGUAGAUCUCUGUCAGUUUCAGACUCCUUUCCCAAUUCCUCUGUCAAAACUAUGCCAAGCUGACUGGAGGCCAAGUUAGCAGAAGUCCCAUGAUGUGUGUAUUACCUCCAAUAGAUAGUGGUCAGCAUGCACCAAGUUUGGAGAAGCAGAGAGAAGUCCAAGCAUGGAAGUAGAGCAAAGUACUGCUGUGGACAGGGUCAGCAGAAAACGUGUUUCAUUCAAACCAUAUAUUCUCUCUUCACUCUGAUUCAGCCUUCCAUGCAGAUAGCUUUGGUUUAACUUUUUCAGGGUUUUUUCAAGCUAUUGCUCAACAGUCUCUCUGAGAACUGAUCUUGUGAAUUGUCUGCACGGCUGGAUAUGAAAUCAUUUUGUGUAAUGCAAGUAAUUUCAAAUUGUUCUUUUGUACCGGUAAUUAUUCACACAGACAGCCACGUCUAGGCAGAUUUACUGCUGCAGCAUUUUUAUUUCUCCAACAAAUAACUUGGUGACACUUUUGAGUGAACAUAUGUGGAAAUAGUUUGGAAUGUUUAGCUUUGAUUUGUUAGAAUUCUUUCACCUACAGUUAAAUUAUAUGUUGUGUCAGUAACACGAGCGAAUAUGUACUCACUCAUCUUAUGUUUUUAGAUUUGUUUCCAUGAAUUCUCCGUAAGCUCAGAGUUUGUGUUCCACAAAAACAGAAUUAAAAACCAUGAAAUGUCUGGAGUAUAUGGCCCGUGAUGGUGAAUGUGCGUUUUCUGUCAAGUUAUUCUCAGUAGAAUCUAAUUGAUUUGUAUUCCCCAAUGAAAUUAAUGUCCAACUGGUAAACAAGUUUCCAUUAAAACACUGAAACACUUCACACACACACCCAAACAGCACACAGACCGUAGACUAUGACCUCAAAAUUGAUGUGAGCUAAACCAGAGUCCUCACACGGGACAAAGAAGUGGGGUUCGCAAGCUUCAAAUUCAAAACAUUAAAAUCAGUUGGAUGAUUAGGCACUUACAAGCUCUUGGUUUAUUGUCUAGGGUCAAAGAAAGUACACAGACUAGAGGUCCCUUUAUUUAGAUAACAUAUAUACUCUCAUAUUCACUGCAGUUUGAGGUGAUUUUCUGAUCAAUUAACCCGUGGUCACCUCCUCUCCUCUCCCACCUUUGCUACAUACUAUAUCAGAAGGAGGCAAUCUGUAACAAAGCAAACGUCAUUCACAUGAUCCAUGAGGUUGAAGAGCGAAUGUGUUAAAGCAGAGCACAAUUAAAACAACUUCAGCACAACUCUAGGCCAGUGGGGAAUGGACUGUUGGGUGGCACGGCAGUUCAGCUGUUAGUGCUGUCACAUGAAAAUCCUCUGUUCUGCGUGGAGUUUGGGUUUUUCUCACACAGUCCAAAGACGUGCAGAUCAGGUGGACUUCUCGAAUAGUUGUUUGCACGUCAGCCCUGCGACAGACUGGUGAGGCUGGAGGUCGAGUAGUUGUGUUAAAACAGUUAAAACAAACGUGAACAUGAAAUUAAAGACAAAAUGUGGUUCAUGGUGAAAAGGCUUUGUCGAGUACAACGUCAGUUAUUUUGAAAAUCUGCACCUGGACCACGAUCAAUUUUGGAAAGCUGACAGGACAAUUGUGACAAAAUGUCCUCUGAAUUUGAGCCUGACAAACCGUACAGCUGUCAACAGCUGGAACGUAAGCCCAUCUCUUGAUUCUUCCGAUUAGACUUUGGCGAGUGUCAGGUUUCUUUCGAGGGCGCUCACGAGACACUGUAAAGUAAGGCUGCCUGCACAUUAAAGCAUCGCUAACAGUUAAACAAAUGCACUUGUUUCACGCUUACAUGAGCAGAUAAACUAUUUCAGAUCUAUGUAUCCAGUACAGUGAUAGGUCUAAAGACUGAAACCAGGUGGAAACUGCUAACAUUGCUCCAUUAAACAUGAAGAAUUCAUGUUCCGAAAGUCUGGUUUGCAUGUAUAUUUUGAGCUAGCUGAGCUCAGAUCACAGAGAGAGUGUUAGAGUUUAAACUACAGGCCCUGGACCAGGAUUUCAUGUCCAGGGUGCAGGGGGAUGCUGAUGGGGACAGUGUCAUGCCCGAACUGGAGCUGGGUAAGCCAUCAAUGUAACUAGGCUCAGCAGCCUCUGUGGACAUAAUGACAGAGAAGAGACCAAAAAGGAUGUUGACAGAAGAAGCUAAGAAGAGAAAAGGAGAGAGUAAGGCAAGAGCCAGACGAGUAAAUGUGGGACUGACUUUUAGUGGUUGGUGAGAGCUUGGUGAAAUAAAAGGCUGAAAGACAGAUGCGAGCUGGGCUCUGAUACGGGGGCACUAAAUUGUACAAAAUACAGUGUUGACUGAAAUAGAUAAUAUAUCAAAUAUCAUGUAAUUUUUUUUUCAUGUUUGAGGGAGCUAUGGUACAAGUGUCUGUCUGAUAGCGUCUUUUAACACAUCCUGGACUUUCACAUUUAUCUUCACACGAGCGUGUUUCACUACAUUUGGAGUUGUUUUAUCGUGUCUUGAUGGAGUCCCGGUGGCUUACACAAACUCAAACACUAAGGAGAAGGUCAGCAUGAAUGCAUUCAUCCUGCAUUACUUCACCUGUGGCUAUACCGAAGUGAAAUCUGUCCAUUUGAAUUCUGCUAACAAAAAGGUAGUUGGCAUUGAUUGGGUCUACUUUCCUGAGUUUGUCCCCACCACCGAUACAAAGAGGUGUUUCACUACCAUGUCAGAUACCACCGCAAAUCCCAUGAAUCACACAUUUUAGAGCCGUUAGUGUCAUCGAGGAGAUACAAGCAAAAAAUGGAAAACAAUGACACUGGAGCCAGAUUAAGAUAGUUUGUUUUCAACUGUUACCAUUCAGUUAUUACAGACUGGAACCUGGUUUAUAUUACACAUGCACACACUUUGACAGUGCAUCUAGAGGACAUGAGCCCAGUCCAAAAUUAAUGUUUCAUUUCAAAGAAGAAAAAAAAAAAAAAAAACCUGGCCAGAGGAUAAAUAAUGACCUGUUUCAUGUCAAAAGGGCUCACUAAUAUUUAGUAUAUUUAUUGUUUCUCCCAUCAUCAUACCUUGUACUUCAGCCCUACACAUUGGCUGUUAACUUAAGAAUUUGUAUUUCUUACACAACGCCCUAAACGAGUGUGUCUAAUCAUGUUCAUGUUUUGGCUUUUAUUUCAAGAGUUUUUCUAAAUCUGCAGCCGGGCUGAGGUCAAAGGGACUGAUGAGGAAAGUCAUACAAGUCAGCGGUCAAUCUCAGGACUGUGUUGCUUCCAUGCACGUCUAGGCUUGCUGUCCUGUUGACAAAUGAAUGAUCUUCCACACAGCUUUACACCAGGAGGGAUGGAAUGUCAGGCGGCACGGUGUGAUGUUGACCCACACAAACAGAAAAUCCUUUAAGUUUGAUUCCGGCCGACAGCUGGGGCCUUUUCUGUGGAUUUUCUCCCACAGUGCAAAGACAUGCAGGUCAGGUGAACUGGAAACACUAAAUGGCCUGCAGGUGGAGAUGGUUGUCUGUCUCUAUUCAUCAGCACUGUGACAUACUGGCAAUGUGUCCAGGCUGCCCCCCCCCCCUCCCUCCCCCUGGUCUCCAGGCCCCUGUGUCCCUGCACAGGUGCACAAGAUAAGCAGGUGUAUAUUUUAUAUCAUAUAUAUGAAAAAUAGAUGAAUGGGGUGGGUUAAGAGGCAUCAACUUUGGAAAUUAGUUGACAGCAUUCCGCACUGGGCAGUGGAUCUUUUUUUUCCAGUCAAAGAAUGCUGUAACACUGAAUACAUCAUAUCGACACACACUUGAUCCUUUCAUUCCUAUACAUCGUUCCCGUCCAUGGGCUGUACAUGUACAUCACAACUGGUUAUUGUAUUCUCAGGUGGAAGCUGUGCCAUAGAUACUGUGCCUCUAAGUAACAAAGAUAAACCCAGUGGAAUAAAAAGAGGAUAUGAGUCGACAUCUUGAUUUCAGCCUCAGCCGUGCCAUCAUUAACAACUUCAAAGUUCCAUGAGAUUUAUUAUUUUUAGCAAAAGUGAACAGGUGGAGGGGGCAGGGCCAUGAAGGAUCAACGAGGACACUUAUCUGGAAAGAUAAUGAGAAGAGAGACGAGAGGGAAAAAAAAAAAAAAAA